AUGAAGGCGAGCGUGGAAGGCGAAAAGGUGAUACUGGUGCCUUACAUGAGAGAGCACGUGCCUAAAUACCACGAUUGGAUGCAAGAUCCUGCCAUCCUCGAAGCCACCGCUUCCGAAUCCCUCACACUCGAACAAGAAUUUGACAUGCAAGUCUCCUGGACGCAAGACCCCCUCAAGCAGACUUUUAUAGUACUGGACAAAGAAUUGGUUGUUGGAGACUUCAUUCCUGGAGAUCCCCAUGUUGAAGCCAUGGUUGGUGAUGUGAAUAUAUAUAUGAAUGACAUGGAUGACCCCCAAAUGGCAGAGAUUGAAAUAAUGAUUGCUGAACUGAAAAGUCGUGGCAAAGGACUUGCGCAGGAGUCAGUUCUGAUGAUGAUAGUAUUUGCAGUUGAGAAUUUCAACAUCCAUGCUUUUCAUGCCAAAAUUGGUGAAUCAAACAAAGCUUCUCUUAAUCUAUUCUACAAAUUGGGCUUUAAGAAGAUUUCUUACAGUGAGGUCUUCAAAGAGGUUACAUUGGAAUUGCCAAUAACAGAAUCUUCCCGUGAGAAGCUACAUCAAUUAAUUGAAUUGCAGAAGCAGCUAAUGCUUGCUCCAGCCAUUAUUGGGCCCAGUAGGAUUGGUUCCUCAUGCAAUCCAGCCCCUUUGAAAUCUGACUGGCCAGUGAAACAAUUUUCUGAUGAGCUUCUUGAUAUGUGA